AUGAUGCGAUGGCUUCUGGCCUUCUUGGUCUCCGUGGGACAUCCGGUGAAGAUCUAUGAUGCGAGCAACUACUCCACCGCCACUUCUGACACGAGCGCGUCGUGUCGGGUUCUCUACUGGCCGCAAACCAGCCGAAAAUCGGGUCCUCUUCCCCAAGGGGCUGCCGACUUCUUUGACAUAAUAGUCACGGAUGAUGUGAAGCAGGCCCCAUGGUUGGGAGCAGAAGGAAAGAUGUACUUUCUGGAGGACCGGAACUUCCCCCUUGGUGACCUCUCAAGAGAACUUGCGCAGCUCAAGGAAGCAGCGCCCAUCGAGUGGCGCCGGGAGGGCAUGUCUGUCUUUCUGCCAGCUGGUGAUGCGCAUCGCCAGGAACGGGAGGAGGCGCAGAUCCUCAUGCCAGCCAGCUAUUUUAUCGACGAUGGAACCUUCGAAACCCGGCACCGGGCCUUCAAGAACUUCACCUUCUCUGUACUGCUGAUGCUGGACUACGACGUUGGCACUCCACCACAAAGCCUGGUCGACUGCAUGUCACAUGGAACUGUACCCAUCAUCAUCGGUAAGCACCACAAGAUUGACUACACCCGCUACUUCUCCUAUGCGCUGGUGAAGUUCCGAGACUUUUCGGUGGAGCAGGCCAUCAACUUCAUGCUGACAGCCCCUGCCGAUGCGCUGUACGUCUAUGCCAACUCGGUGAAGAUUGUACAGGAGUUCUUCUACAUGAGGUACCGGCAUCCUUUCCAUCUUCGCCUGCAGCGGCAUGCACAGAUGGCCUGCCACGCACUGAAGAGCCCAGCGCCUGCACUGGCAUUCGUGGCCAUCUACUCUGCCAAGAAGAAUUUCGGCAGACGCAUGGCGCUUCGAGACACCUGGUUGCCGUUGCUGAAGGCUCAUGGCCUUAGUCACAAGUUCUUCCUGGCGGGUACAGAAGUGGACGACCGGUCAGAAGUCGAUUCGCUGCUGCGGCGCGAGCGCGAUGUGUUCGAUGACAUGGUAUUCUUGACAGGGACGACGGAUGAGUACCCCAUUGGGCGCAAGGGUCUUGCUGCUGUUUUAUGGGCCGCACAUAAUACUGAAGCCCAGUUCUGGUUAAAGUUCGACGAUGAUCUAUACGUCCGACCACAUCUCCUUCUGAAUCGCUUGGCCAGUUUGCAGCGUGCGGAACUCUACUGGGGCGCCUUCGACUACAGCGGGAUGGUGGUGCGAGACUUGUCCGACCCACACUACACACCCUACGAUGUCUGGCCAGAGCCGGUGUUCCCUGCCUAUGCUCGAGGUGCCGCUCUGGCGAUGUCUAUGGACCUCGUGCGCUUGAUCGCUGAGCACGAAGAGAAGCAGCCUUUCAAGAAGAUCCGGGUCGAAGAUGUCUCCUAUGGCUUUUACCUUUGGCAGCUGACCUAUGACAGGAAGGUUACCUCUGUGACCAUCUUCGACCGGGACGAGGACCAUUUCGCCAUGGAUGCCAAGUGCUGCACAGAGACAACGCACCCGAACAACUGCUGGCUGCCCCUCAACGAGAAGACGUGGAUCGCCCACCACGUCACUCCCAGCACCAUCCGCUGCAUGUUUGCGAAGGAUGUGGGAUCUGGGUUCUACACCCCAUCAAGCUCAGAGGCACGAAGCAUGACCGGGCUUCUGGCCGAGAUGGCGGCGUUCGACUCGCACGUCCAAUCCGACUGGCAGCUCUUCCGUGGCACUCCCAGCGCCGAUGACGUCCAACAGGGCGAGUUGGGAGACUGCUGGUUCCUCUCUUCGCUGGCUGCCAUGGCCGAGUUUCAGGGCGGAAGGCUGGUGCAGAGGCUGCUCCCCGAUCAGCGUCAGUUCAGUCGAGCUGGGGCCUACCUGGUGCGAUUCUGGCUUGGUGGCCGCUGGCGGGAUGUCAUUGUCGACGACCGCCUGCCAUGCAUCGGCAAUGGUCUCGGGACGUACACGCAGCUGGCGUAUUGCGCCACACGGAAAUGUCAACUCUGGGCCAGCAUCAUCGAAAAGGGCUUCGCGAAAGCCUGCGGCUCUUACGAGGCCUUGGCUGGCGGGGAGGCCGAGGAAGCGCUGACGGUCCUCACCGGCUGGCCCUGCGAAGCCAUCCAAUUCGAAAAAGAGGAGUUUGAUGCCGACAUCCUUUGGGCAACGGUCUGCACCUCCAGAGAUGCGAAGUUCCUCAUGACGGUGUCUACGCGGUCCAACAAGUCUCGAAGCGAGGAGGACAUUCGUGCGGCCGGGCUGGUCCCGAACCAUGCAUACUCUCUUAUCGACGUCUUCGACGUACUGGACAGUCGUGGGGACAGGCUCCGCCUGCUCAAGAUCCGAAAUCCGCAUGCCAAGGAUCGAUGGCGCGGCAGCUGGUCCGAGACGAGCCACUUGUGGACGCCGGAGCUUCGAGAUCAGCUAGGCUGCCAGAAAGCCACCCAGGCUGGCAUGUUCUUUAUGUGCUUCGGCGACUUCUUGAGAUGGCUCGGGCCCCUGGCUGUGGCCGAUGAUACCGUGAAUAUCGCUCGAAAAGAAACAGUGCUUCCACAGCCUUUUCUGUUCAUGCGCCAUGCUGGCUUUGGAGGCGUCGAUCUCGAUUCGCUGGCCACAAGCAAGUUCAACGGCGUGUCUUGGGAUGCACGCUUGCAGAAAUUCAAGGCGCAGGUGAGCUUGAAAGGGCACAACUAUCACGCCGGCUAUUUCGAGUUCGAAAUUCAGGCAGCACGUGCAUAUGAUGAGCGGUUGCGAGAACUAUGUCCUGGUCCUCUUCGGUUAAAGAAAUCCCUGAACUUUCCUACACAGGCAGAGGCACUUUUCAAUGAAAGUGCACUUGAAGCUCGAUCUCGUGCCCUCGCACAUCACCACGCUGGCUUGGGGAAUGCCGAGGCUGAAUCUGUGCGCCGUUUGCAGAGCCUGUUUGGGUCUUCCGAACAAGCAAGGGACUACGAAAUCACCGUUGUUGCAGGCUCCUCUCGGAUUGACGCGCUUUUCCAGCCUAAGGGGUCCUCUCUCGGCGGGCUUUGUCUUCAAAUCAAGUCUGCAGCUUCGAGAGGGAGCCGGAAACGCUCGUAUGUCUUCCAAAAACUGCAGGGAUACGAAGGGAUGCUGUUGCUUUUGGUUCCCCGUGACCUUGAGCACGACGUGCUUUGGGCCGUUCCGGGAAGCUCGUGCGGGCUCAGGAAUGCAAUGGUGACCUUAGGCCAAAGCCGGGAUAAGUCGUGGCGUGUUUACGACAUCGGUCGUACCUUGGAGGACUGCUUCCAUCAAGCACAUGAUUUUCCUCACUGCACACCGGGCGAUGCCCACCUCCAGUGUGGCAGUGCCAACCACAGACUAGAAGAGCAGGCCCACCAACUGAUGGCUAAGGUCCUCGCAUGCGCUGGGCUGCUGCUUCGAAAAUGCACAGCACUGCUCAGGCACACUGUCGAUUCUGUGCUCAGUAUGCACAGCACCGAGUGGAACGUGCAAGAGAAAGCAUCCAGUCUUCAGAAAACGAAAGGCGGGCACAGAUACUUGAUAAACCUCAGAAGGCAUGGCGGCGCUAUGGGUAAAGCUGCCUACGGCCAACAUGACUUUGACCUGCUGCUGGUUGCUAUUAUGGAUGCUGGGAUGCUCGUGGGCAUGUUCGUGUUUCCAGCCGGCGUUCUGGCAGCCCGAGCACUGGUGGGACACAAGCCGGCGCAGUUCGUGCUAUACCCACCCUGGAGGUUCGAGCGCUGCACCAUCUGCAAAGUGCGAAGCGACGGCUGGCACAAGGUUCGCAUGCCGACGGAACUGCCUGGCGGUUUGGGCCUUCCCAGCUCAGGCUGGCUGCUAACAGCUUCUGAGACGGCAGAGUGCUGCCUGACCGUCGCGCAGCCACAGGAUCGCGCCAAAUCUGGACCAUUGUUUCGAGCAUUGAACUUGGGCCCAAUGGUCGUGGCUGGAUUCGUCUUGGUCGAGGCCUCGAGCUCCCAGAAGCUUAGCGUGGCUGCAGUCGGCCAUCCUCGCUCCCGGGCUGUGGUGUCAGCCGACUGCUGGCUCAAGCCAGGCGUUUCCUACUUCCUGCUGCCCCUGAGUCUGCACGAGAACACGGUCAUGCCGGUGGUCUUCUCUUGCUUCAGCCGCAAAGCAGUGCAGAUCCAGGAGCACAAGUUCUCGGAAUCGGCCGUGUUGGCUUCGUGGGGCGCAUUCAUAAAGUCAUCGGAUCAAUCGCCGGACAACUUCCAUGGCGCAAAGGUCUACACAGCCAAGAGUGGCGGUGGCAUGGUCGCUUGCAUGGCCGAGAACCACAGCCGUGGGCACUUCGCAGCUGAGUUGACCUUCAACAGCAUUGAGGACGGCAAGCUCCUCUUCUCAAGGCGCAGUGGGAUCACGAAAGAUUGGGUCGCGCCGGGGCAAGCUCAGAUCCUCCAGGUGCGAGUGAUGAGGGCCGUUGCCCUCCUGGCAGCAGCUCUCAUGGCUGCUUCCAUUGCCAGCGCCUUCGUGGGGGUGCAGGCCCCCGCUCCCCGAGUGCAGACGCAGCUCCGUGCCGGCGGGGAGUACACGGGCUUUGUGCCGGACUUGCAGCGCCGUCAGCUGAUGAACUUCGUGCUGGUGACCACCGCCGGCAUCCCGGUGCUGGUGGCCUUGGGCUGCUACCUCUGGUACUUCGUGCCUCCGGUGGCCGGCGGUGGAAGCGGGGCGACGCUGGCUGGUGAUCAGGAGGGCAACCCCAUCACUUUGGAGAGCUGGGUCAAGUCGCACAAGGAGAACGAUCGCGAGUUGGUCCAGGGCCUGAAGGGCGAGCCGUACUACCUCAUCUCUACGGCGGACAACAUCAAGGACUUCGCCCUCCUGUCCGUCUGCACCCAUCUGGGCUGCGUGGUGCCCUGGAGCAAGAGCAACAACAAGUUCUGCUGCCCCUGCCACGGCUCGCAGUACGAUGAGAACGGCAAGGUGGUCCGAGGCCCGGCCCCGCUGUCCCUGGCGCUCGCCCACACCACCACCCAGGACGGCAAGCUGGCCCUCACCCCUUGGCCUGAGAAGGACUUCCGCACCGACCUGGACCCAUGGUGGAAGGUCUGA